AUGCCUUCAACUCGCUCUCGUGCGGACACUCGGGCCAAUCUUGCCCAGUUUUCACACCCAAAUUCUGCCACUCCGCCGUCGCAGGUCGCAGCCCCUGCAGCUCCGAUCUCAGCGUCGUUGGCAAAUGUGACUGACGAUGGCCUGAUCUCAGGCCGCGACGCCAGGGAACUGCGCGACGCAACGGCACAAGCUAUCACUGAAGUAUGGACGGAUAGCAGGAACGUGGCAGCCAAUCUGGCCGAGAAGAUCAACGCCAACAAUGCCUCGCUCCUGGAAGACCUGAACCAGUCCUUCGCGGCAAUGAGUCAUCGUAUCGACGGUCGUUCACCCCAUAUUACUACCCAGAUCCCAAUUCCAUCUCUUCCUGAUUUCAGCGGUGCGGACGAUGACCCGACUCAGUUCUCGGACUGGCUCUCCCGUGUAGAGGACAUCUUCGAUAUGCUGGCAACUCCACUGUCUUCCGCGACGAAAGCCAAGUUGGUGAAAGGUCACCUUCAAGGCCUAGCCAGGGAGAAAGUCAACCAACUUACUCCUGAACAGCGGGACAAUUACGAGUUACUGGUCGCUGAACUGAAGAAACGUUUCGAGGGUCCACAUCGCCGUUACCUGGCUCGCCAGGCUCUGACAGGUUGCCGCCAACAGCCAGAAGAAUCGUGCUUUGCCUUCGCCAAUCGUCUCCUCCGUUUGGUAAGGGCUAGCACAGCGGGACUGGAUCCGCAUUCACAGAAAGAACGCCUUUUGGAUGAGUUCGUCCCGACUGCAAACGGACAUCAGGUUUCAUACUCCUCUUCUGUAUGGCCUCCUCGCGCUUCUCUUUCUUCUGUAAACGUACUGGCCCUCAACAGCGGGGAGCGCUUCUUCGUCGCUCAGAUCCCCAUCAAGGUCAACAACAUCAAUAUUCUCGCGUUGGUGGAUACAGGAGCAGCAACAAUCACAAUUACAUCUCGUCAAACUGCUCCUCUGCUAGGCGUUUUCUCUCUUGUUCCAAGCGACAUCCCCUCGGCUCUCGGUAUGGCAGGCAUCCCCAUCAAGCUCAUCGGUUGCGCUAUGCUUCAUUUCCAUAUCGGUUCCGUGCAACUCGAUCAUCAGGUCUAUUUUGCGGAAUCAGCCGGUAUUCCUCAAAGUGCCGACUCUUACAACAUCAUCAUGGGCAACGAUCUCCUCUCUUGUUUGCCUCCUUGGACUAUUCACUAUGGCAGCCGAACAUUUCACUUUGCGAACCGGAACGUCAACAUACUUUCUGCCCAAACUCUGCUCGAGAAUGCCGAUAUAUCGAUAGCAGUCCGCGCAGCUGAAACUACCGUACUCUCGCCAACGUCCGAAAUCUUUGUUCCGUGUGCCAUCGAUUCCCCACAUCCAGCAUUCGUCUUGACGUCACAAUCUGAUCAGCUGUUGAACAAAAACGUCAUGAUUACGCCGGCAGUAGUCCAUUCGGGUCGCAUCCAGGUCUUGGCAACCAAUCCGUCGUCCGAGGCCCAAAUUCUGUACAAAGGGACGCUAGCUAAGGGGCCUUCUUGCCCAGUUUUCAAACAUAAUCCCACCUUUCACGUAGACCUGUCUGAAGCCGAAGUGAACGAAGACCAGCGCCGCCAAUUAGCAGAACUAUUCGACGAAUUCAGCGACCGAAUAUCUCAAGACACUUACGACUUGGGAUCUUACGAAGUCACGCAGAUUGUCAUCAGGACCACCUCGGACAUUCCACCUACACGUUUCCGUCCCCCUCGGAUACCCGUCAAGUUUCAGAAGGAGCUGGACGACCACAUCAAUAAACUCCUUGGCUCCGGGCGCAUCGUCGAAAGCGACACUCCUUGGAUCCACAACACCGUUAUAUAA